AUGAUUGAUGAAGCAGAACCACCCCCACCCGCCCACCCGCACCAAACACAUAGAUCUGCAACGGACUAUGAGAUGAGAGCAGCAGCGGAGGCUCUGCACUAUCCCGCGGCCCUGAGCUUCAAUAAGGGCCAUAAGGCGAUCAAGAAUGUGGACAAGCCAAGACACAGUCACCGCCAUGAGCACCUCACCAAGCACACCAAUUUCAUGCAGGACAUGAUCCGAGAAGUGUGCAGCUUCACCUCAUAUGAGCGGUACAUCAUGGAAUUACUCUGGGUCUCCACGGACAAGUGGGUCCUCAAGGCCAUCAAGAAAAGUGUGGAGACAUACAUCUGUGCCAAAAGAAAGAGAGAGGAGUUGAGCAAUGUCCUGGUCACCAUGAAGAAAGUGGCUGCCAAGAAAGACUGAGCCCCCAACCCUGUGCAUAAUAAAACCUUUACAGAAACUGGAAAAAAAAGAAGUCUCUGUAACAUCCAUGAUUAAAACACAUCAGUUGAGUCAUUAGGGAAAUGCAAAUUAAAACUA